AUGGCUGAAAACCUCUACUCUGCCACAUACUCUGGCGUUCAGGUGUAUGAAUUCAUACACCCGAGAUCUUCUGUGAUGCGCCGGAAGAAGGAUGGUUGGGUUAACGCCACUCACAUACUUAAGGUUGCAAACUUCCCCAAGGCCAAGAGAACCAGGAUCUUAGAGCGUGAUGUUCAAAUUGGUGUCCAUGAAAAGGUGCAAGGUGGUUAUGGUAAAUAUCAGGGCACUUGGGUGCCGUUGCCUCGGGCCACUGAAUUAGCCAAGCAAUUUGGUGUCUUUGGCGAUUUGCAUUCUCUCUUAGAGUACAAGCAAGUCAAUGGUUCUUCAUCUCCUCCUCCCGCUCCGAAGCACCACCAUGCCUCUGGCGGUGCCCGUGGAAAAUCGGCUGCUGCUAAGGCACGCCGAUCGGCCACGAUGCCUGCUGGUUUGAGUCGUAUAAAGAGAACUACAUCCUUGAUGGGUAAAGAAGCCGGCCCAAUUCCUGCUAAACGAUCAUACAGCUCCAUCUCCGACAAGCGAUCUACAAAGAGGAAAAGAACUUUGAAAGCGCCUAAGAGGACCUUAAGUAAUUUGAACACUCCAGCUAGUAUUGCUAGUAUUGCAAGUAUUGCAAGCAUAUCAAACCCACCUGCUUCCAGUGCUAGUAGCACGACUCCUCAUAUUCAAACGUCAUCAGAUUCAGAAGUCUCUGUGAACUUUGAAAGCGAAUCAGAUGCUCCUGCAACAGGCCCAUCACACAACUCCAGUGCACCCAUCACCCACAAUCUGUCAGAAGCUUCAUCUCCGGAGGAUUUCCUGAGUGAUGCAGAUCUCGAUAAAGCUUUAGUAGCCGGUGAUAAUAAGCGGCAAACUAAAUCGUCCAAUCAAAUUAGGCAACAAAUCCAGCUUCCUGAACAUGAAACCGACCCCAAAAAGAUAUACGCACAGAAAUUAUUAGAGUAUUUUUUGUCGUCAGAGGACAACGGUAAUACACCACUUCCGUCCUUCAUUACCAGCGAAUAUGGUACAUAUGAUCUUAACCAGCCUAUAGACAAGGAUGGAAAUACAAUUUUCCACUGGGCUUGCGCCAUGGGAGAUUUGAAAAUGUGCGAGGCAUUACUUAAUCGUGGUUGCAACGCUAGGGCGUUGAACAACAAGGGGGAGGUGCCGAUAAUGCGGUCAGUGAUGUACACAAAUUCGUAUUCGAGACGAACAUUUGCCAAGAUGUUGGAUCUUCUUAGAGAUUCACUCUUGGAUGCAGAUACCCAUGGGAGGACCAUCCUUCAUCACAUUGCACUAUCUACCAGUUGCCACAGCAACCUUCCCGCCGCCAGAUAUCACACGGAGAUUCUUCUUACGAAGGUUGCAGAAAUUGUGCAACCCAUGGAAAGAAUCAUCAAUUUCAUUAAUCAACAAGAUGACGAGGGUAACACAUCAUUGCACAUCAUGAGCUACAACGGUGCUCGCAAAUGUAUUCGCAUUUUAUUAGGCUAUAACGCUAGAAUAGACAUUCCAAAUUCCCGAAAUGAAUAUGUCAGUGAUUACUUAUACAACAACAAUCUCCUUGCUACAUCUGGAGACCGACCUACUGGAGCUAGAGAGUUGGGAGCCUCUGGGCCUGCUGGAAUCUCUGUUGGUGCUGUUGGUAGCAGCUUUACUGGCUCUCGACCUGGUCAAAGCUUGACAGGGGACUCAUUCAAUCACCUUCGACCCUUUAACCCAUCAUUUGGGGCUCAGCGACAGCUACAACCCCCAGGAAAAUCGAUUCUUUCUUCGAAUAGAAACGAUGUGGGCUCCCCAUCUCAAUUAGGAUCGGGAUUCAUAACCUCCAGCUACCUUACAAUUCCUCAUUACUCGGAAGCUGCCAUGCAAGUAACACAACAGUCCGGAGAAAUAGUAGAUAAAUUAUCGCAACUCGCCAAUUCUUUUGAUGCCGAGGUGCAGCAGGAGGAUAGCGACGCCAAGGAGUUGCAUGUCAUUCUGCUCCAACUGGAUCAGGAUAUUACCAAGACGGAAAUGGGUAUCAAAGAAAUAUUACAAUCUGUUUUUGAAAAUAUUGAGGUUGAUCCCUCCUCACAGGCUUCCCGUGAGGCCAUGAACACGGUUAAGGAGAGAGCUGAUGCAAUCAGAUCUGAAUACCAGGUGAAAAUUGAUCAAUUACACAAAUUGAUCGAAAGAUCGCAGGCCCGGGACUUGGCCAGCAUUGUGCAGAAAGAGGAAAAGAAGGAUCUGAACAAGAUAGAAGAGUCGGAUAAAUCCGAUAAACAUAACGAACAAGCUGCGAAUGAAGAGGAAGAUAAGGAGGCAAUAGAGCUCGUAGUGGAAUUGACCCAAUUACAACUUAUUCGCAAGCUGACCGUUAAUGACUUGGUAGGAUUGUACGCUAAUGCUUCCAAGAACACCGAGACUAUUAACAACUAUAGGCACUUGGUGUCAAAGCUCUCCGGUGUUCCUCUGAAUGAGGUGGACGAAAGCUUGGACGGCAUUGAAGAAUGUCUCAAGGAUGAUGCAGCUUGA